AGCCAAUGAUUUUAGAAAUUAGUCAAAUAUAUAAGAUUCUAAGUGUGGUGUCCAGCUGAAUAAAGAGAUUAUCAGUGUUUGAGCUGCAUCUAUUGUCUGCUCAGGAUGUUGUGUUGGAAGCAACAUUUGCUUACGUUGUUCUGAAUUCUCAAGAACAGGUGGUGGAAAUAUAGAUGAAGUAAUCAAAAGGUUGCUCACAUUCAUUGAAUUUUUCAGAAAUAACAUGCUAAUUACUGUGAUUCCUGCAACAAAUUCUAAAGAUCCAGCUGUUACCAGAACCAAAACACCAAGCCAAGAGGAACCAGUACAGCUUUUAAGAUCAAGGCUAGUAGAUGCUUUUGGAGGGAAUAUUGCAUCUUCAGUAGAAGAGGCUGUUUCGGAGAAAAUCAAUGAAGGGAUAGCAAAGCUUGACAAGUUUUUGCAGUCUCUUCCAAAGCAAAUCCCACUAGACAAAACUUCUGCACUAAAUGUUUCUUUUGUCGGCAAUCCUGUGUUGAGUAAUUCCUCUAUAGCUAUUGCAAUUAAUGGUUUAUUCACAGAGAGAAGUGAAGUUGUAGAAUCUGAAGGUUAUAAGAAAGGAUUUAAGAUUUCCUCUGCCUGUGGUGGUUUACCAAACAUGAUAAAGGUUUCACUACAUGAAUAUGUGAUCCAAUCUGCUAGCCUGGUUUAUUUCAAUGCUGGUAAAAUGCAAUUGAUUAUCGAUGAACUACCCGAUCAGGUCAUUUUGAACACUGCUGAAUGCAGAUUCAUAGUUCCUCAAUUAUACAAACAAUAUCCAUAUGUAUUUGACACUAUGUUUUUAAUUAUGCUUGACAUUUUACCAUGACUAUCUAUGGAUUCACUACUAUGGUUAUGUAUGUUGA